UUUUCUUUCAAUGAUACAUUUGUAGAGUAUACUUAUUCUUGGUUUUUUUUGAGAGUUUCAUAGAGGCUUAAAAGAGCCCGGGCAAAGUUCACAGAUGCACCACUUAAACAUGGCCGCCUCGCCGCCGUCAGACGUGAGCGUGAAAAAUAAAGAUGAAGACAUGAACUCUGCCAUGGAAACGGACGAGUGCUUGGCUACUGAGAAUGGGGGCGACGCUGAAAAGAAAGACUUGUCGCAAACUGAACCAGAAACAGAGGAGCCUUUUAAAAAACCGGCUUUUUUCGCCAUUAAACGCGGCAACGUCACAGCUCCGUCCAAAGCUGCCGCGGUAGAAACACGAAGCAUAAAAGAAAACAACAAAGCUCAGGAUGGAGACACUGCUGCGGAUGCACCUGUAGAGCCUGCAGGUGAGAGCAAAACCUCCAAAAAGGGGCAAGAAGAGAACAAAAAGGAUAAAGACAAAGAGGUCGCUCCUGUCAAAAGUAAACCAGAAGCUAAACCGAGGGUGCUUCCUGCUAAAGGCCCCCCAGCUGGCAAAUUCCCUCCGCUCCCAUACACAGAGCCGUCCUGGGGGGGCAAGGCUCCAGAUGACUCGUAUUCCCUUGAAAUCCUCAAGAACGGCACCAUAGUAGACACGGUGCACCUUACACACACGAGCUACUUUGUGGUUGGGCGAUUACCUGUGUGUGACGUCUCUCUGGAGCAUCCCUCCAUCUCCAGGUACCAUGCCGUGAUUCAGUACCGCGGGCAGCCGGGGGAGGGACAGUCUGCCGGGGAGGAGAGGGGGUUUUAUAUCCAGGACCUGGGCAGCACACACGGCACCGUGGUGAACAAGAACAGGAUCCCCCCGAAGACCUACAUCAGGCUCCGUGUUGGACAUGUGUUAAAGUUCGGUGGGAGCACGAGGCUCUUUAUCCUGCAGGGUCCAGACUUUGAUGAGGAAGAGGAGUCUGAGCUGACAGUGACAGAGCUGAGGGAGAGAGCCAGGAAACAGAAGGCAGAGCUGGAGAAGAGGAUGAUGGGAGACGGUUCUGACAACGAAGAUGACGACGGGGAGGAGGAGGAGGAAAACGCGGAAGGCAAAAGCAAGAAGGGCCAGAGCAAAAUGUCGAGUGAAGAUUCAGGCUGUUCUUGGGGAAUGGACGAGGAGGUGCUCCCAGAGGAAGACGAGAACGAGGAAAACCCUUUUUCAACCGAGUUCCAUGAAGACCAGGAAGCUGCCUACCUGAAAGACCCCAAAAAGGCUUUGCAGGGCUUCUACGACAGGGAAGGGGAGGAGCUGGAGUUUGAGUAUGAAGACAAAAGCCACGGCAGCUGGCUCUGCAGAAUAAAGCUGCCUGUGGACGAUGCCAUGGGGAGACAGCUGGUUGCCGAGGUGACCCACACAGGGAAGAAGAAAGACGCAGCUGUCCAGUGCUGCCUGGAGGCCUGUCGAAUGCUGGAAGCCAGAGGGCUGCUGCGCCAGGAAGCAGUGUCCCGCAAGCGCAAAAAGAAGAACUGGGAAGACGAGGAUUACUAUGACAGUGACGAUGACACCUUCCUGGACCGGACUGGCACUGUUGAGAGGAAGAGGCAAGAGCGGAUGAAAAAAGCGGGAAAGAUUGAGGAGCGGCCUGAGACCUAUGAAUCAUUGGUGGCCAAACUGUCAGAGGUGGAGAAGGAGUUGGCAGAGACACAGAAAAAGCUCAGUGCUGAUGUCAAAGACUCGUCCGGCUCUUCCACUGAGGACACCCUGGAUGCUUUCAUGGUCGCGGUGCGGAGCGAGGCGGCGAUGGAUGCCGUGGAGCGCAGGAAGCUUCACGUGCACAUCGCUGACCUGCGCAAAGACGCCCAGCGGCUCCGCAAACUGGUGGAACUCACACGUCCCGCGCAGAUGCCCUCCCUGCUCCCCAGUGGUAGCUCAGAGAAACCUAAGAGGACCUUACCACUGUUUGGAGCCAUGAAGGGAGGAAGCAAAUUCAAACUGAAGACUGGUACCAUCGGGAAGUUGCCUCCUAAGCGUCCAAACUUGCCCGCAGAGCUCUUCAACAUGAGAGAGCUUCCACCCAGCGGAGAGGAGGAAGAGGAAGAGGAAGAAGAGGAGCAGGAGGAGGCUGAGAAAAAUGAGGACGACGAUGAUGAUGAUAAAGAGUGUGCAGGUAUCACUGAGCCUUACAUUGACUCUGAAGAGUCCAACACCUCCGUAUCCCGAGAGAGAUCCCCCUCAGGACAGCACAGAGAGCAGCCGGCACCGACUCAACAGACGAAGGAACAAAGCCACAAACGGAGGAGAGACAACCAGUCUGUUGAAGCAGCAGAGCAGGUUCCUCCACAGAGCAGCAAACAGGCCCCGACCCCAUCCGGCACAGAGUCCAAAGCAGAAGGAGACACACAGCCCGGCCCCAGAAAGGCAGUAAAGAAGAAAGUCAUGGGCCCCAGCAGGCCACCUGUGCAGCUCUCAGGACAGUAUCCAGAGGACGAUCCUGAUUAUUGUGUCUGGGUGCCUCCUGCAGGUCAGACCGGAGAUGGCCGCACACACCUAAAUGAAAAGUUCGGCUACUGAGAGGAAACAUAAGAGCAGAUAAAAAAAAAUU